AUGCGUCCGGGCAAGUGUUCGAGGUGUGAUACGGAUGGAUACUAUACAAUCCAUUCGAUCAACAAAGUUCUGAGUCAUCUAUACAGAGUUAUUCCACUACAGGAUGCAAAUCAAGAAACUGAUGAAAGCGUUGUGGAGGAGGGGAUUUCCGAGGUGGGUUUGGAAAGAGCCAAAAGCGCGCCUGCUUCGAAUCACUCUGAUCCUGUGAACCGGAUUUUCAAGAUACAGAGUGCUCUGACUCGGCUAAAGUUCAAUCUAAAACAUGUGAAGCGCCUUCAAGUGGAUGUGGAGACAGAGCUGAAUAGACAACUCGAUUCGCUUAAGCGGGUGGUUGAGGAGGCAGAUCCCCCUGGAGCUUUGCAUAUGAGUUUAAUCGAGAGCGAGUUAGAAGAGAUCACCAAGAAAUUGCUGGACUUGAUAGGCAAGGUCUCGGUGUUGCAUGAGGGUUCGAGAAAGAAGAAAACAUCACCAGAUGAUGAUCAGGACAGCGUUCUUUUAUUACCCGACAUCCCUACAAAUGAAGAGGAUCUCAUAGGACAUGCGUUUUUUAAAGACGUGAAACAUAAAGUCCAGACACUGAGUAGUGACAGCCAGACCUGCCUGCUGAGCUUUGCUGUGUUCCCGGAGAAUAGAGAGAUCAACGGAACAAUGUUGAUGUAUUGGUGGAUCGGAGAAGGGAUCCUUCCUGAUAAACUCAAACCGGAAGAGGCUAUGAAGAAGAUUCUUAAGGAGUUCAUGGAUAGAAACUUGAUUGAACCUCUUGUAGACAGGCGCAAAAGGAAGCCAAGUAGCUACAAGAUGACCCCUUUUGUGCAUUUUUCAGUGGUAUACAUCGCCAAGGAGAGAGGACUUUUUGAUCUGUAUAAUAAAGAUCAGAAACCAAGCAUGAAGAAAUCAAACUUGAAAAAGGUUUGCCUUGUGGAAGGGUCUUCAAGCCAGACGGAUGCAAAAGCUAAAAAGAUGGCACCAGCAGACAUUGAGACAGUAUUCAAUGUCUCAGAGAGUUACCCAGAUUUCAUAAUCAAGUGGUUCUCAAGUAUGAAGCUGCUCAAGGUUCUUUAUCUAGGUAGGUGGGAGAGAAACGAGCGCGAGAUUGAAGUGGAUAGCCGUGGGCUUAUGAAAGAUUUGAGUGCCAUGAGAGAGUUGAGGUUUCUGAGUUUUCAAGGUAUUUCAACCAUUAUGAGAAUUAGCCCUUCUGCUUGCAAGCUCCCUGAGCUGGUAGUCUUGGACCUCAGGGGUUGCUAUAACCUGGAGAAACUUCCAGACGAUAUACACAACCUCACGAAUCUAGUGUACCUGGAUUUGACCGGCUGCGAUGCCUUGGAGAGCAUUCCAACGAAUUUGACUAAGCUGUUGAAUCUGGAGGUCCUGAAGGGCUUUGUGGUCGCUGAUGAGAGGGAGAUUGCGUGUAAGCUGGUUUAUCUGAAGAACUUGUGGAAGCUGAGAAAGCUCAGCGUUAGAGUAGACCGAAAGGGUUUUGGUUUAAAAGAGCUGAUUGUGGCUAUAGACGGGUUUGAAGAGCUGGAAAAGCUGAAAGUGUUGUGGGGAAGGGUAAAGCCCGGGAGCAAGAAGAAGCUAGAAGACGAUGAAAAGGAAAGAACUUUCCGCUCAGUGAACUUGGAGAGCGAUGAGUUUCAUCUUCCCCUUAGUUUAAGGAAACUGGACCUGCGUCGUUUUCCUGAUAAUAAACUUCCCGUUUGGCUUCAGCCUCAAAACCUAAUAAACCUGAAGAAGCUCCACCUUGGAAGCUCGAGACGCCUCAAGGCACUCAGUGACUCACUACCCAAAAAGCCAUCCAAUUGUAGUGUUAAGGUUUUACGUCUCAUGUGCUUCCAAAAGCUAAAUGUGAAUUGGAUAGAGCUCAAGGAAAUUUAUUUCCCAAACCUUAGAUUAUUGGAGAUCUAUCAGUGCCCCAGAGUCACUUUCUCUCCCUGUGAUCGAGAUGGAAUCUGGAGAGCUGACUGA